UAAAUGUCUCCAUCUCUAUUCUAUAACCUCAAAAAUAUUUGGUAAACAACAAAUUUUAUGAUUCAUAUUGGUAACAAAACAUUUAAAAAUGAGUGGAAAGUUUAUGUUACGGUCUAUUUACUGUAGAUUUUCGCAAAAUUCUUUUAAACAAAAUUUUGUAUUAUCACAAAGAUUUAGUAUUGAGGUUUUUUAUCGACACUGCCGAAAUUUUUCUGCAAAAGUUAAUACAAAUUUAGAAGAGAAAAAUCAUUGUAAUGUGGGAACUAUAGGGCAUGUCGAUCAUGGUAAGACGACGCUAACCGCAGCUAUAACCAAGGUUCUGGCCAACGAUGGACUGGCUCAAUUCGUUUCUUAUGACGAAAUAGAUCGGGCACCAGAGGAAAAAGCAAGAGGUAUCACAAUAAAUGCAGCACAUGUAGGCUAUAGCUCAAAACUCCGACACUAUGCACACACAGACUGCCCUGGGCAUGCAGACUACAUACGCAACAUGAUAUCAGGAGCUUCACAGAUGGAUGCAGCUAUACUGGUGGUGGCAGCCAAUGAUGGACCAAUGCCACAAACAAAAGAGCAUUUGUUGUUAGCGAAACAAGUUGGAAUUAAGCAUAUAUUAGUCUAUAUAAAUAAAGCUGAUUUGGUUGACAAUGAGUUACUAGAACUAGUGGAAAUUGAAAUGCGAGAGCUGCUUGGUAACUUCGGCUAUGAUGGUGAAACUGUCCCUAUGAUCUGUGGGUCAGCACUCAAGGCUUUAAAUGGAGAAGAAUCAGAAUUUGGGGCUCCAUCAAUAAGAAAAUUGCUGGACGUCAUGGACACAUACAUACCGCAAAUUGUGAGGGAUUUGCAAUCCCCUUUCCUUCUACCUAUAGACAACUCGUUCACCGUGCCUGGCAGAGGCACUGUUGUUGUAGGCACCAUAAAAAGAGGGAUUAUGAAAAAAAAUGCUGAAGCGGAACUGCUAGGUUUUGGUUAUAAAAUAGGGACAACAAUAUCUGAUAUUCAGAUUUUUAGAAAGAGUGUUAGUGAGGGUAUGGCUGGUGACAACGUAGGUGUUUUGUUGAGAGGAAUAAAAAUAAAAUCAGUUGAGACAGGCAUGCUUUUGUGUGCGGCCAAAAGUCAGCAACUGAGCAACCAGUUUAAGGCGAAGAUUUACUUCCUGGCGGCUAACGAAGGCGGGAGGAAGAAGCCGGUAUUCUCCAAAUAUUCCCAACAGAUGUUCAGUGGGACGUGGAAUAUCGCUUGCAGAGUUGAUUUAGAUCCCGAGGUUCACAUGAUGAUGCCCGGCGACCACGGCGAGGUAUACCUGACAUUGCUGGAAACUAUGGUGAUGACGCAGGGCCAGCCGUUCACCGUGCGCGAGAACAACGUUACGGUGGCCACCGGGAUCAUCACCGAGACACUGCCCAGCGUCGACGUGCCAAAGGGCAAGCUCGGAAAAGUCGUCAUCAAUUACAGUUGAGUUGGCUUAGGCGGGCUUCUUUCACUACUUCAUACGAGUAGGCAGUAGGUGCGUUUUUCGCCCAAUUGAUAUCAGGGCGCUCCAGGCGAUAUCGCGACAAAGCACUACCAAGUACAUUCACUUGGAGGCAGUUAAGGAUAAUUGCGCGAAUGCGCCUAGCGUGGCCCGUGGCUGAAUUAGAACUAUAUAAGGUAUAUACACGCCGUAACACCGCCUAAGAGUUUACAUCAAGGAAAACGUUCAAAAACAACUUGUCUAUGUUGUUUUUUCGUAUAACUAGUAGAAAACAGAAUUUGAAUAGAUCAUAGGCCAAAGGUAUGACGGCAUCUAUUCGAGCGAUGGCGCCAUACCUUUGGCCUAUGCUCUAGUAGAUGGCGCCACUUUUUGAUAUUUAACAAAUUUAACACAUGUCAGUGAAAGACUAAGGAUCAAAUCAAAUGGAAUGGCGUUCUAAAACUUUUAAUCAUGUGUCGAAAGAAUUUACUGUGUCUUCAUAAUUUACUUUGAUAAUCCACCUCUAUUUCAUAUUCUCUUUGCUAGUAGGUAUGUACUAAGUAUUUGCAUAUUCCAUUUUGGAAAUUGGAGGAAAUUGAAGAUAGAUUGACAUCCCAUUUAUUAACAUAGGCUUACUUAGUUGUGUGUGCCAAUACUGCAGUGCAACAUCAAUUACUGAUUUGCCGUAAUUGGAUAAAAAACUUUAAACGCCGUAGAUAUAUUACAUUUGCAGGCAUAACGUUAUACUCGUAAUGGCUUAGGUGUCCGUUAGAUUUAGAAUGAAUGGUAUGUUAUUAGUUAUAUGUUAAAAAUAUUCUUAACGUUUUUGCGAAUCAUUGUGUAUGUAAAUAGUAUGUAUAUGUAGAUGUUAUUAAAUUGUUAUUGUUCUAAAAAACGUUUUAUUUUAUGUUUGUCUUCCACAAAGCAUAGAUAAAUGAGUUUCAUAUUUUGCGAGACUAAUGAAAUGCUACUUUGUUUGUUUUAUGUUUUUAAUUCGAACAAAUGAAAAUCAACCUAAUUGAAAACACAACUAAAUUUAAACUUUUGUAUUUUGUAUGGUUCCCGCCCGGCUCGAGACUGUGACAAAAGGCAAAACCGAAAUCUGGGGGCACGGCAGUGCCCCCGCCAAGUCGAGCAAAGCGAAGCGCAGAUUGUAUAACAUUACGAUGCCCCCAGUAUUGACGUGACAACGUCUUAUAAUUCGAUGGAGCCGGCUGCACGCACGAAAAACAUGACUCAUGCGGCGUUACCUCGCUCUGAGGCGUUCCAUUUAAGGCUUGAAGUGCAAGCGCGAGCGCGCAACAAGCGACAAAGAGGCACAAUCGGCCUCCGCUUUCGGCAGCAAUUGUAUUUAUGCGUACAAAUAAAUGUAACUUGAUCAAUUCAA